ACUUGUUCAAAAGAACAAAAACUGCACUGUGCUCCCCUCAACUUCCAUUGAUGUGCAGAUUACUCUCGGCUGGGAGUCACGCGGUGCAUUUAUGCAUUUUUUUUUUGUUUUAAUUUAUCAUUUAAAUAAUUGUCUAAACAAUUACUCCCAAUAGUUAAUACGAUGAACUCGAUAAUAUUUAUAGUAGUCUGAGAGUAUAUUCUAUUCUCUCAAAAAAAACAAGGUGGUGAGAAGAACAGAAAACGACAACAUUUUGGUAUUUGCAAUUGCUUAGUGGGCAGGCAUCCUUAUCCUGGCAAAUAUGGCAAUGGCGAACGCCACUCUCAUCUCCUGCAACUCUUCAACUUCAACACAUCUUCCUCUCAACAAUCACAAAAUCUCCAGAACCUCACUUCAUUUUACUCAACUUAAAGUAGCUUCACUUUUACCACACAGAUUUGUUCUUAGUUCCUCUAAGUCAGCAAUUCAUUUGAAACGCUGUCGUUUCCUCCAAAUUUGUCAUAGUUCUUCUCUCAAGAACCAACAAGAGGAGUCAAAGGAAGAGAGUGUAGUUGGUGGGAGUAAGAAUGGGAAUGGGAAUGGGAAUGGGAACGGGGACGGAAAUGGUGGAAGGGACUGGACCAGCUCAAUUUUGCUCUUCUUCUUGUGGGCUGGACUUAUCUACUAUGUUUUCUUUCUCACACCAAAUCAGACCCCGUCAAGGGACAUGUAUUUCCUGCAAAAGCUUCUGAAUUUGAAAGGAGAUGAUGGUUUCAGAAUGAAUGAAGUACUUGUAUCAUUGUGGUACAUAAUGGGUUUGUGGCCCUUGGCCUAUAGCAUGCUGCUACUUCCUACAGGAAGGAGCUCAAAAAGCAAAGUUCCUGUUUGGCCCUUCCUUUUACUUUCAUGUUUUGGCGGUGCAUAUGCGCUUCUUCCUUAUUUCAUACUGUGGAAUCCACCAGCACCUCCAGUUGAAGAAACUGAGCUUAAAUCAUGGCCAUUGAUCUUUCUUGAAUCAAAAGUAACUGCAGUGAUAUCGCUUGCUGCAGGGGCAUGCAUAAUAAUAUAUGCUUGUUUAGCUGGGGCAGACACAUGGACAGAAUUUUUUCAGUACUUCAGAGAAAGCAAAUUUAUUCAUAUCACGUCCAUUGAUUUUACCCUACUUUCCACAUUUGCACCAUUUUGGGUCUACAAUGACAUGACUACUAGAAAAUGGUUUGAUAAAGGUUCCUGGCUUCUUCCCAUAUCAUUGAUACCUUUCUUGGGGCCUGGUUUAUACCUUCUUCUACGACCGUCACUGUCAACAAUGGCCAUUCCACAAACUCCAGCUGAACCAGAGUAAACACAUAUUCAUUCACUCCCAAAGAAUGGGAAGAUGCGCGUUUUAAUGCGAUGACAGUUGAACUCAGUUUCAAGAUUGGUUAGUUCUAAAAGGUCGUUUCCUACAAAGUGCACCACAACAUAGUGUUUCCUCAUCUACUCAAACUCCAUACCAACAUUGAGGUCCAUCAGUUUGGGGGGUAGAUGGAUGGGAGAGAAUUUUCACAAUCAUAUAGAAGUCCAAAUUGUAAGUUCCUAAUAGGAAUUUAAUGUAGUUAAGCAUAUCAAUACAUGACAACAAAGCUGUUUUCUUUAUACAUGACAUUACUGCAGCACAAAUCAUGUUUAUAAACUAGUCAUUUAGAAAUAAAGUGAACUUACCUGA